AUGCGUACCCGCAUCAAGGAGGUGAUCGGGAUCGAUUGGUUCGACGGAGCUGUCAUGAACUGUGUGUGGGAAGGCCCCCGAGUCCGUGACAUCCUACUCGCAGCCGGGGUAGACGAGUGUCGAGCCCUGCAUGACCACGUCCCACCAAAGCAUGUCCAUUUUGCCAGUUAUGGUGGCAAGACCCAGCAGGAUGAAUGGUAUGGUGGCAGCGUUCCCUUCAGUAGGGUCAUGCGUGCCGACAUGGAUGUGAUCCUGGCAGUCAAGAUGAAUGGUGCACCCUUGCCCGCGCGCUACGGCUUCCCCGUCCGCGCCAUCGUUCCGGGGGUGCUUGGGGCACGGUCUGUGAAAUGGCUCGAUCGCGUCACAGUCUCGGACAAGGAGUCGCCCUGUUUCUAUCAGCAGCGUGACUACAAAGUAUUACCAGCAGAAGCAGUUGAUGCCGAAACUGCGGACAAAUAUUGGGCCCAAUGUCCGUCAAUGCUCGAUAUGCCUAUCAAUUCUUGUGUUGCCUGGCCUACCUCUGAUUCCACCAUCAGUCUGCCGGCUUCGGGCUUGAUCGAUGUGCGCGGCUAUGCUGUUCCUCAAGGUUGUCAGGGUCCGGUUGUCAGGGUACAAGUUUCUGGAGAUGCGGGUAAGACUUGGACGGAUGCGUGUCUUGAAUGCGGUGGCAAAGAUGCAAGCAAAUGGACCUGGGUUCUGUGGAACGCAAAGAUUCAGAUGGAGAGAGGCGAGGGUAGGAAAAUCUUUGCCAAAGCCAGUGAUGCUGGAGGCAAUCAGCAAAUCCACGAAAGAUCGCCCUGGAACUUGAGAGGAGUCGCUUACAAUGGGUACGAGGCUGUCUUCAAUCUGACGAUCGUCUAA